AAAAAUUGCAUUGAGAGUAGUCUUCUCUUCUUUACUCUUUGGUUGUAUUGCUUUAGUAUUUCAUUAUUUCAGAUUGGAUAUUUAUUUGUGUUAUUAAUUUUCAAUGAUUGAAAUUAGUGAAAAUACAUCAAAUAGUGAUGAUAGUGUCAAACAUCAACAGGUAACCAAAGAGUUCCUUCGAAUCGUGAAUGAUUUGCGAAUAAAACACGAUGCCAGCCCAAUGUCACUUAAUACUGCUUUGAAAUUUUUGAUGGCCCGGAAAUUUGAUUUGAACCGAGCACUUGCUUUGUAUGAUGCUCAUGAAUCAACUCGCUUUAGAGAAGGUUUAACAAAUUUUGAUCCUGAAAAAGAGCCACUCAAAUCAGAGUUAGAAAGUGGAAAGUUCACAGUCCUUCCAAAAAGAGAUGCCAAUGGAGCAGCCAUAGCCAUGUUCACAGCUUGUAAACAUCUACCCAAUGUAACAUCUCAUCAAAUAACAUUACAAGGAGUAGUUUACCAACUGGAUAUUGCUUUGGAGGAAAUUGAGACACAACGCAAUGGAAUUGUAUUUAUUUAUAAUAUGUUUAAUUCCCGUUAUGCCAAUUUUGAUUACGAGUUGAGUCAAAAAAUAUUAGGUUUACUAAAAGGUGCUUAUCCGGCUAGAUUGAAGAAAGUUUUGAUUGUGACAGCUCCGUUGUGGUUUAAAGCCCCCUUCAGGAUUUUACGCCUUUUUGUAAGGGAAAAACUUCGAGAUCGUGUGUUUAUGAUAAAUAUACCUCAAUUAUCUGACCAUAUCCCUCUACCAUCGCUACCUAUUGAAUUGGGUGGUCAACUUGCCGUGGAUCAUUUAGCCUGGUUAAAUCAUUGUCAUGCUAUUCGACCAAAAAUAAUCAAUGAACUUUAUGAUUUAGCCUCUCAAAAUUACCCUUUGUGCUCAACUAACGCUCUUCACAAUGGAUUAAUACAGAGUGUAAAUUGUACAAAUACCUUAAGCAAAUCGGACUCUAAUGAAUUAAAUAGUAAUACCAGUGAGGAUGAUGAUAAACUAAGAUCUUCGUGGUUAGGAGAUUCUCCAACUAAAGAUUCUCAUCAUAAUUCAAACAAGGAUGAUGUAAACAAUCGCCGCGAACGUAAUAGUGUUAAUAAACCCAAACCGGAAAAUAUUGUGAUGCCAAAUAAUAAUCAAAAUAUUAAUAAUGAUGAUGAUAAUAGUGACUCAAAAGCCUACGAUGAUAGUUCUGUUAAAUCAAAAGGAAUGACUUUAGAGGAAUUUAUUCAAUAUUUAAAGGUUAAAGGACGUAAAGGAUUAACUGAAGAAUAUAAUGAAAUCAAAAUGAAAAUACCUGAUGGUACAUUCGACAAUUCAAGAUUAAGACCCAACCAAGGCAAAAACCGUUACACCGAUGUACUUUGUUAUGAUCAUAGUCGAGUUCGAUUAAGUACCAUCGAUGAUGAUGUAAAUUCAGAUUAUAUCAAUGCUAAUUUUGUAGAUGGUUACAAACAAAAGAAUGCGUUUAUAUCUACUCAAGGGCCGUUGCCAAAAACUUUUCCAGACUUUUGGAGAAUGAUAUGGGAACAACAAGUUUUACUUAUUGUGAUGACAACAAGGACUGUCGAAAGAUGUAAAGCCAAAUGUGGUCAGUACUGGCCUUUAGAAGUUAACAGUAGUGUUGAAUAUGGACCUUACCGUAUAACUAAUAAUGACGUUCAAUAUUUUACUGAUUUUAACAUAACUAGGUUAACGUUGGUAAAUCUGGAGUCUAACCAAACUAGGAAAGUGACUCAUAUGCAGUUUUUGAGCUGGCCUGAUUAUGGUGUUCCUCAUUCGGCUUAUGCCAUGCUUCAUUUCCGUAAUAAAGUGAAAGAAGAGCAAGCCAAAGGAGUAUCAGAACUCGGUGAAUCUUGGACUGGUCAUCCUUUAGGUCCACCUAUAAUUGUCCAUUGUAGUGCUGGUAUUGGUAGAACUGGAACUUUCAUUACUUUAGAUGUGAGCAUUAAUAAACUGGAAGACACUGGAAUGAUCAAUAUACGGGAAAUCGUAGAACGGAUAAGGUCACAAAGAGCUCAUAGUAUCCAGAUGCCUGACCAAUAUGUGUUUUGCUAUUUGGCUUUAUUGGAAUAUGCAUUAAGUCGUGGAUUACUUGAAAACGUUGAUAUCGCGGGCUUUGAAGAAAGUGAAUCAGAUUGAAAUGAGUAAAGCAGUCCAGACUAUCGAAAUAAAUGAAAAUUGAAACAAAA